AUGGCAUUAGCACCAACGAAGCCCCACCUCUUGGAAUUCAAAGCAGGACGAUGCUUCAGGGUCAAUGGAACUAACACCGUCGAACCAGACCCUACAAAAGGACUGGCUUACUUGCAGGCCGAUGAUGAUGGGUUAAUGCAUUAUUACUGGAAGAACCGAACAACCGGAGCAAUAGAGGAUGAUUUAAUCCUCUUUCAUGGGGACGCAGAAUUGAUUAAAGUUCCUCAAUGUACGACGGGUCGUGUGAUCAUGCUUCAGUUCAAAUCAUCUUCACAAAAACUGUUCUUUUGGCUUCAGGAUGCAGAUACAUCAAGGGAUGACUUAAUUCUUCAACGAGUCAAUUAUCUGAUUCAAUCUCAGGAGGAUGAAGACGAAGAUCAAUAUUUGGAUGCAGAGGAUAUUGCGAUGGAAGGGGUUGAAGCAUUUGCACCUGCAGUCCCCGUUUCCUCUUCAACAACUGCAGGAGGUUCUUCUUUGACAUCGCAGCAGAUGGAUACUCUACGUCACUUAUUAGGAGGCCUUAAAAGUGCAACUCCAGCUGCAGGACCACGAUCAAAUCUUCGUCUAGAUCAUGUACUGACACCAGGAUCGAUCGCACCAUUGUUGAGCAACCCUCAAAUCUGUGAAUCGCUUUAUCCACAUUUACCCGAGUCUUCAGAGAAGAAUCCCCAGGAGAUUCAAGCCAUCGUGCGAACGCCUCAAUUCUCCCAGGCAUUGGUCUCAUUGAGCACAGCAUUGGAGUCUGGACAGCUGGGUCCGUUGCUGAGACAGUUUGGACUAAGUCCAGACGCUGGUGAUGGUGUGGAAGGCUUCUUGCGUGCCAUUCAAGAGCAGGUCAAGAAAGAUGGCACUAAAUAA